UUUUUUUUAAUUUCAGUGUAAUGAAACUUCCUUCUUUUUUGAAGCACACAACAAAACUGCAUGCAAGCAUUUAUGGAAAUGCUGUGUAGAACAGCACACCUUCUUCAGAAUGCCAGAAAAUGAAUCUAAUUCUCUAUCAAGAAAACUUGGCAAACUUGGAUCUCUUGGUUAUAAACAUCGAUACAGUGGGAAGACAGCUUUGCAGAUGUAUAAAGAUAUUUCUAUCCAGCUUCCUCGACCCAACCAAACAGUUGAAAGAAGUCGUAGUAAGACAUAUCCAAAAAGAACAUCAAAAGUGAAACAAUUUGUUUUAAAAAGUCAAGAAAUGAAAAUAGCCCAGAAACCCAAAGAAGUAAAACCAGUGCACCAUGGGAAGAAAACUGUCCUCAAAGUGGGCUUUAUAAUUCUCCCAGCGACCGAACUAGAUCACCAAAGUUUCCUCAUUCACGACGGCAUCCUUCAGGCGGAAGUGAAAAUGAGCCUGUGCAGCCUUUCAGAAGAAGAUCAAGAUCCCGUUGCAAUACCAGCAGUGGUAGUGAAUCAGAAAAUUCUAAUAGAGAACAUAGGAAGAAGAGACACAGGUUACGACAAGAGAAUGACAUGGUUGAUUCAGCUCCUCAGUGGGAAGCAGUGCUGAGGCGACAAAAGGAAAAAAACCAAACUGAACCCACCCAUCGACGUUCCAAGCACAGAUCACGAUCGAGAAGCCCAGAUGUUCAAGCAAAGGAAGAAUUAUGGAAACACAUUCAAAAAGACCUCAUAGAUCCAUCUGGCCUAUCUGAGGAACAACUAAGAGAGAUUCCAUAUACUAAAAUAGAGACUCAAGGUGAUCCUGUUCGCAUUAGACACUCACAUUCUCCUCGAAGCUAUCGCCAUUAUCGCCGAUCCCAGUGCUCCGAUGGGGAGAGAUCUGUUCUGUCAGAAGUGAAUGCCAAAGCAGACCUUGUGCCUCCGCUCCCUGUUACCCGCUCCUCGGAUGCUCAUUGUCUCACUGCAAUAUCUCAGCAGCGGCGAAAUGGAUCUAAGGACAGCCUGUUAGAAGAAAAAAUACAAACAUCUAUGAACAAUGUGGAUGGAAAACACAGUGCUAAAACUAUAAAAAUUGUUCCAGCAUCAAGGCUCAAGAUAGAGACCUGAUUUUUAUCACAUACAAGACUGGAAGAAUGCAAAUCCAAAAAUCCAAAUAAACACUUUUAGUUGAGGAUCUUUUUUUAAAAAAAAUUAAGAGACUAUAAAAUAAUUUUAAGAACAUUCUGGAUUGCUGUGGAGAAGCUGCUGUUUGAGUUUCAGUAAAAAAGAAGACUGCUACCGCCAUGAGAGUAAAACUAAAAUGCAAGUUAUCUAGAUUGUAUUGGAUGCACAGCAUAAAUACAUGGUUUCAAAAUGGAAGCAUCAGUAAAAGAAAUUCAAGGAACAAUGCAUUUUCAAAGGUGCAAUAGUAGAUGUUCUUUAUUAUAAGGGCUGUAAUUCAUAUGCCUAUACUUGCCUAGCAAAUAUACUACUCCUUUAUUAUUCAAAACAGUGUUGAAUCUUUUGCUACCUAAUAGAACAUCCUUAAUACAAGGAAUUAAUCAAGAGUAUUAUUCAGUUAUGCAAACCCAGGUGCCCUUUCAAUGAAAAUCGAUUAAUUCUCAGUAAAAUAAUGUUUUAAAAUACAAUUCAGAAUAUUGCCAAAGUUUAUCUAUCAGUAUAGUUACUUGGUUCUCUAAGCACUGAAUAGUAGUAAUCAAUAUAGAAAACAUGAUUUUGUUUGAAAUCUAUGGCAGUUUUAUAAAUCUUCAAGGUUUGUUGCAGUCUUCUAAACAAGUUGCUAUCAUAUUUGAGUGAAAUGUUAAGCCAGUCUCCUUUUUGUUGAUAUUUGCAAAACUUUUCAACAACAGACCUGAUAUGAAGUUACUGAAGAAAAGGGACUGAAAUUUUCUUGUUUACUCAUUUGGAGGGGCAUGGGAAGUGAUAGACAUGCAAUGUCUGCAAUUAAUUUGAUUUCCUACUGAGAAUCAGUACCUUGCUGUAUUUUGGUAGUACAGUUUUGUAGCACUUGGAAAUAGGAAAAAGACUUGGAAAACUGUGGAUGCUUCAUUCCUUGCACUGAUUCUGUUAAUUCACAAGACCACUUUCAGCAAAAAUGAAUACGGUUAUUACCUGAAGGGACUGAAAGAAAUAGUAGAUUAUACAGGCUGUGAAGUGCUUGUGGGUAAGAUGAUAAAAAAGCAGAGAACAUUUUUCUAAUUUCCUUGAAUGAAUGGAUUAGUUGCAUUGUCUUCCUUUUCACAGGAAAGAAAGUGAGCCAAUUAAAAGAAAAAAAGAAACCAAGAGAAAUACAAUUUAAAAUUUCUGCUACCAUAUGCACCUAUUUACAUUUCUGGAUUACUUUGUUGAUGAGCAUUUAUAAAUACAAUCCAACUGGAAGACAUGUUGAAUGUAGGAGAGAACAUAAGAUUUAGAUAGAUCUGACUAUAAAUUAUUUCUAAAAAGGAAAGUUCCAUCUGAAAGGGAUAUCAUAAAAUGCUGCUAGAGCAGUAAAUUCAAGAUGGCCAUCACAAAAAGUGCUCCCAAAAUGGUUGAACAAACUCAAUUCUUGAUGUUGUAUGUGUCUCCAAUUAAGAAUUUUAAGAUUUGAAAAAUGCAUCAAUUUUGACAGUGCUGAUUUGAACAAAAUUACAGUAGGCAAAAUAUAUAAAAUUGAUCUGUCAUUGCUUUCUAUUAAAUACGAUUUCAUACAUUUUUGUAGAUGUUUUUCUCUAUGUUUGAUCAUUUAUGGAGGAUCUGUAUUUAACAUUUGUUUUUUAAAUGAAUGGUUACUUGUGCUGUAUACAUAAAAACAUGAUAGACAAAUUGAGAAAAAUAAAGCUCAUAGUUUUCAA